GCUGGGGCCACUGAGCUGUUCGGGUAUUCCGGUAGAUCGUCCUGCCCUCCCCCACCUUCUCGCUCUCCCUGUCACGUUACAGACCUCACAUACCCAGUGCCCUUUUCACUCUCAGCUUCCAAAUGGAAGUUAUUGGAAGGGGUCCUCCUGCCCCUCCCCCUGCUGAGUGAAUUCUCGAGUGUCCAUCGACUGAGAGUUAGGAGUUAUGCGUCACAAGGAAACUACCACUAAUACUUCUCCGACCUAUGGCUACCAGUUGCUGUGAUAGAGUCUUUAAGUUACUGAGUUAUGGCAACGGAGACAUUCAUGAGACACGGGGUUGUUCUGGUAACGCUGGCAGUAUUACAGAUCAAAGCCUCGGGUGUCGUCCUCGACCUUCUGCGAGUGGAGAGCGACGUCUCGCACCGUUACGCCGUCACCCAAGUCACAGCGGCCUACGUCAACCUCCACAACUCAUCCCAAGAGAUAUCCCUGAGGAUGACCCUGCCGAAGGACGCUUACGUCUCCUCACUCGUCAUUGAUGUAGGAGGGAAGAACCACAGCACCAUCGUGGCGGAGAAGGAGCGAGUGAGAAGAACGGGACCCAAGUUGGCCCCCCACGACGAAAGCAGCAGACAUCGCAAAAGGGGCGAGAGCACCCAAAAAUUCCGAGCGAGCGCCAAGGCGAGAGGCCUGCAAACCAUUAUCUUCUACCUGACCUACGAGCAGCUCCUGGUGAGGAGACAGGGCUCCUAUACCUUCGACCUCCAUCUGGGAGUAGCUAAGUAUUGUCUACAUGUCUGUGGCUCUCUGCAGAGGCUGGAAAACGUGGAGGUGAAGGUGCGUCUCUUCGAAACGGAAGAAAUCAGGGAUUUCCAGAUAGUGAGACUUCCAUGGACUUCAUCUCUGACAUCUGAGGAAAAUAUCACUGUGCAGCAGGCGACGCAAGUCCCGGAGAAAACAGCAUCUUUCACACUACACAACAUCACGGUGCUGGACGAUGAUGCUGUACGCAGCGAAGACGAUGAUUCCAGCACUUUCUCCGUCAGUUACGACGUGGACAGGCAGUCAGACGGAGGAGAGAUGCAGAUCCUGGGUGAAUUCUUCGUGCACCGCUUCUCGCCGGAAGGUCUGCCAAAGCUGCCUACGCACACGGUCUUCGUUUUGGACGUGUCAGGUUCGAUGCACGACAACGGCAAGUUGACUCAGCUCAAGGUGGCCAUGGGGGCCAUAUUGACCAAUCUCCCUCCUGAGGACUCCUUCGAGAUACUGGUUUUCUCAACGCGCGUAACUUCACUCGGGGUGUUCAAGGCCGUGCCCGAAGAAGUGGAACGAAGUUUAACUCGCAUCCAGAGGCUACAAGCAUUGGGCGGCACAAAUUUCAACGAGGCCUUUCUCAGAGCUUUGCAGGAUGUCAAUAACUUCAAUCUAACUUCAGGAGCCAAACAGGUUGUGUUCCUGACGGACGGAAGGGCCAACCUUGGUGAGAAGAAACCCUCCCAGCUGAGACGGAAUGUCCGCGAGGCCAACAUCCACCAGCUACCAAUUCAUUCCUUGGGACUGGGGCAUGAUGCUGACAUGAGGCUACUGAGACAGGUGAGCACGGACAAUCAAGGCUUCUCCGGUAAGAUAGAUGAGGAUACUCAGCCUGCGGAACAACUCAAGAGCUUCUACGACAAGAUCUCAUCUCCACUGAUGACAGACAUCGAGAUCAUGUACAUGGACGAUCAGGUCGACCCCAACUCUGUUGUUAAACAGGGCCCGUCCACAUUCUACGCUGGGGAUGAGAUGGUGUUGGCAGGGCAGCUGAGGGAAGGCGUGCAGGAAGUGCAGCCUCUGGUAACCGGGCGGGGGAACGAAGGACCCCUGCAACUGAAUGUCUCGAGGAUAUCCUCCCCCGAAAAGGCCGUCGAAAGGGACAACUAUGUGGAGAGGCUGUGGGCCUAUCUCACCGUCAAGGACUUGCUGGAGAUGCAAGAGGUAGUGGAGGAUCGGAACCUGAAGGCGGAGAUGAACUUCCGCGCCCUUGAGAUAGCUCUGCAGUUCCAAUUCGUGACCAAGCUGACCUCCCUCAAACCGGAGGAGGAGGAAGAAGAGGAGGAGGAGGAGGAGGAGGAUGAGGACGAGCCCCACCAAGAAGGGCAGAACAUCCUCAGCCACAAGUCCGCGUCCCGAUACCAGAAGUCGAACACCGGCACCCUGACGCUCUUCUACGACCACUUAGCCCUCCUGAGCGAAGCCGAAUUCGCCAAGACGCUUCCGGCGCCGCUCAGCACCAAGCUCAACACGGCCAGCAACAACAGGUUCUCCUUCGGUGACAACGACCCCCACUUCGUGGUGCAGGUACCCGGGAUGGACAUGCCCUUCUGCUUCGACAUUCACGGUCAGCAUGGACAAGUGCUGAGCCUGGUCUGCGACGAGAACUCAGGAAUAAUUGUCAAUGGCUUAGUGACAUCAGCAGUAGGCCGACCAGAAGCCACCUACUUCACUGAGCUCUUCAUGGGUCUAGGCAAAGUGAACUUCACUGUUACGCCUCAUAAUAUCACUAUCACAUUUCUGCAGGGGCACAAGAAUUCUAAGAUCCCAAGAGUCCUGAGGUCCGUCUGGCCCUUCAAGAAAAUGUACAAGAAAGGUAAAAAAGGCCAAAAAGGCAAGAAGAAGUCCCGACGUCACAGCAAGGGACAGAUACCCAGAGAAAGGAGGGCUCUUGGCGGAGGCAGAACUGAGGAUCCUUCAGCUACGAACUCCUCUAGAACCAGGGAAAUUAAACGAUUCCGGGAUUCCACUGCACGCUACCAAAAACACAAGACUAAACCCAAACGUAUCUUGAGGCAUGGCAUCAUGAACGAUUAUAACUACAACAACCACAAGAGACGUGGGAGCAUUGUCAUGCGAAACCUGGAUUCCGCAAAAGGUUAUCAGCUUCCCGUCACCCGUAGGAGUGGGCCGAAUCACCAUCAUAAAGAUGGCAAAAUACGAGGGAAGUUGAGAAGAAGAAGGAGAAGAAGAAGAAGAAUACUUGCUAAUAAGAGAAUGGGAAACACAGCUAUUCCAGGACCCAGUAAAAGCUGGAAAAGAAGACUUGUUGUCAGAUCGACAACAGCGAACCGUAGGGUGGCACCUCAGACUCCUCCGCAGGUUCGCAUGAAGCCCACAUUUCCAGAUCAUAAAACCUCGCUUAAUUCAAUUACGAGUUCAUCAGAGCCAAAGAAAAAGAUCCAAAGAAAAAGAAGGGUUAGAAAGUCAGUCAGAAGAUCUAAAAGAAAUGCCUACUUGAGGAACCUAGUCGGUACAAUCCAUCCACAUACCAGGUUAGAUGGAAGUGAUGGAAUAGUGAAUAGAAAUAGAUAUGGUGAUCAAAGAUACAAACCUCAUCCUCAUCUGCACGUGUUUCAUGAUGGCCUUCCACCCAGUCAGGGUAAUCAAGUCGAUGGUAAAGAAAGUCAUGGUGAGACUCAUGCGAGGAAAAAAACCGUCAAUCCUCUGGCUGCUGCCAGCAGCCAUUUCCAGACUGAAACGGAGGUACGAGGCAGUAAAAUGACCAUAGAUGCCUCUGAAAGUUCUCGAGGCCUGAGACCAGCUAUGGACUCAGCAUCUAGAAGAUUGUUAGAGCACCUACAGAAUGCCAGUAGAAAUAGUUUUCCAGCAACCUCAGAAGCUACUGCAGUGGAUAGGUUUACAGAAUCACAGUCAGCAUUAUUUUACCAGCCAAGAGUAACAGAGGAUCCAAGAAGCGCAAGUGACAGAGACCAGGGCAUUCAUCCGCACUUCAGCAGAAAUCCUUCUGCUUUUCACCCACAUCAAGUCUUCAGACAACCAGCUACAGGAUAUCCCACAACUCUACAUCAGCAACAAGAAACACAGAACAGAAUUGGAGGAACUCCAAGUUCAAGAGAUGGACCUGAUCUGGCCUCACACGCCAGAAACCUUAAUUCCCCUACACAGAAUUCUUCAUUCAAAGCAUAUUCAGAUUACAUUCAUCCACAUUCCAGCGUAUUCAGCCACACAACGGAGGCCUCCACUUUAGAGAGGGGUGUGACUUUCAUCCAGAGGUCUAACAUCAGCGUCGCUGUAGACCAAACUCCACAACGAGUAGAAACUCAAGAAACGGACAAAGAGGCUACUUUGGGUGAAGAUCAUUUUGAAAGCGAACACCCUCCUGUAGAGGAACAUCACAAGGGGCGACCCAAGAAGACCUUUUCCUGGAGAAGAGCUGCUGGGAGAAGGUACGGCGACGUGGUGGUGGCCCUGAAGAACCGGAAGAAGCUGGAGAUCCUGAUAGGCGACGUGGACAUCCACCUGGUCAUCACCCGUUCCAAGACGAAGUUCGGGCAGGACUUCCUUGGGUUUUACGUGGAGGAGCACAAUAUACUCUCCCCCAACACCACUGGCAUCAUUGGCCAGUUUGCCUAUAAGACUGUGGGUACGUUGAAUCCUACUCAUGAGCGUGUGGAAGAUGGCCAGUCAGAAACUGAAAUGAAGGUUGCUGUACUGCACCAAGAAGCCAACAUGCAGUACAGAGUCUCUGAGGUGAGUGGGAUGGUGUCCAAACGCAGGUCAAUGCUUCACAAGAGCCACGUCCGCUGUCUGUUGGCCCAACCAGGGGAGGGCCUGGUUGCUGGGUCCCCAGAGGACUACUUCCUGCCCUGCCUCACCUGCUGACGAACGCAGAAAGUAGACUUUGUAAAUAAGAGCGUUUUAUACAGUGGAUAGCUGGUGACUGUGAUCUGCCGAGGGAUGUUUCCUGACUAUUUAUUGCGGAGAAGAAAAUAGACCAAGUGAUUUAGAUGUUAGUUAGUGGUAGGUGCAGUACGCUACUGGAAAACAGCGGGAUGCAAUUGUAAACUGGCACGUGUAGAUAGUUCCCUUAUGAUAUAAACACCGAAAGUUUGCCAAUGCAGAAAAUAGCUUACGAUUCUUAUAGUCUAGUAGUGACGUAAAAGGAUUAUGAUCAAACUACACUACAGAACACUAUUUAUUGAAAAAUGAGAUUGUUGGUGUGCACUACAUGCGCUGGAACCCGGGGCUGCUGUCUCCCCUACCUUUUCAAUGCCCUACCUACCCUGCCUCCACCUGGGGUGGACAAACAGGUUUUCAGGAGGAGGGUGGAUGUCUUCCCUACCCUCCCAUUCCUGUACCUACCCCAUCCCCACGCGGGCAGACAAACUGGUUUGCAGGAGGAGGGUGGCUGUGUCAUGUGUCCCAUACUGUCACCCUGGGGAGGAUAAACUAGAUCAGACCCUCUCGGAUUUUAUUACUGUAGAAGAUGGGUGUCCGAAGAUGAGACUUCCAAGAUGGCGGUUGUUGAGACCAUUCAGAGAGGUUUCCAGUAAGCGAUGUCCGUCUGUCUUGGCAAAGUAGUUAUUGCGAUGUAAAUAAAUUUGAGUACCACCGAAAA